CGGCGUCUGCAUCCAUCCAGAGGAGGCUCGUGCCGUGUGGGGCGGGCCAGGAGCAAGGAGAGGCCUUCCUCCCUUUGUGCUCCCCCCACCCCCCCAGCCCUAUAAAUAGGCCCAGCCCAGGCUGUGGUUCAGUCUUGGAGGGAGUUGAGCACCAAGCAGUGAGUUGUCUCCACCAGAGUCCCUGCCAGCAUGGCCAGCGAGUUCAAGAAGAAGAUCUUCUGGAGGGCCGUGGUGGCCGAGUUCCUGGCUAUGACCCUCUUCGUCUUCAUCAGCAUCGGUUCUGCCCUGGGCUUCAAUUACCCACUUGGCAGGAACCAGACGGCCGUCCAGGAUAACGUGAAGGUGUCGCUGGCCUUCGGGCUGAGCAUUGCCACGCUGGCUCAGAGUGUGGGCCACAUCAGCGGUGCCCACCUCAACCCAGCAGUCACCCUGGGGUUGCUGCUCAGCUGUCAGAUCAGCAUCCUUCGGGCGGUCAUGUACAUCGUGGCCCAGUGUGUGGGGGCCAUCGUCGGCACCGCCAUCCUUUUGGGCAUCACCUCUUCCCUGACCGCGAACUCGCUCGGCCGCAAUGAUCUGGCCCCUGGGGUGAACUCUGGCCAGGGCCUGGGCAUUGAGAUCAUUGGCACCCUGCAACUGGUGCUCUGCGUGCUGGCUACCACUGACCGCAGGCGCCGUGACCUUGGGGGCUCGGCUCCCCUGGCCAUCGGUUUCUCUGUGGCCCUGGGACACCUGCUAGCGAUCGACUACACUGGCUGUGGCAUCAACCCCGCUCGAUCCUUUGGCUCUGCAGUACUCACCCACAACUUCAACAACCACUGGAUUUUCUGGGUGGGACCGUUCAUCGGCGGUGCCCUAGCAGUGCUGAUUUACGACUUCAUCCUGGCUCCACGUAGCAGCGACCUCACAGACCGCAUGAAGGUGUGGACCAGUGGCCAGGUGGAGGAGUACGACCUUGAUGCCGACGACAUCAACUCCCGGGUGGAGAUGAAGCCUAAAUAGAGAGAGCCUGGCCUGGGCAUCAGUAGGGGGUGGGCAGGGAUGGGUGGAGGGAGGGAGGGAGGGCUCUGAAAUCAUGUUAUUAUAGACACUCUGACAAGUGGGCUGACAUUACCCCCAGAGAGCUGUCAGACCUGUGUGGUCCAGGUCCAACCUCAUCAGGGGCAGUUCUGUCUCUUUCUUUCUCUCUUUCCUGGUCUCAGAGCUUUAGCAACUCACUCCCUUGGCCAUAUGGAAGAGUUAGAAGGGAAGGACCACUGCGAGUUGUCCCCUCAGAGUGUGAUAGGAGGAGUACCACCAAGUCCUGCUCAUCCCAAAGUUGCUCACCACCUUGCCUGCCACAGGUGCCUAGGGUGCUGCCAUUAUUGCUUUGUGCCUUGGACCACACCCCCUUCUCCUAACAGGGACCCUGACCCGUCCCCCCACAAGGGUGCUUUGAGUGGGAAGGGGUCCCAGGAGGGGCAGUGGGAAAAAGCAAGUUGCAGGUGAGCUUUGCCUUUUCGGUGUGAAUUCCAUCUCCUGCUUGGACUUUGGUACAUGACCUAGUAACUGUCCCCAUCUCAGGGCCUCAGAGACCCCAUCUGAAAAGUGUCAGGGGAGGGGAGAGUUAUGUGGAUUUGGAAGGUGUAGACACAAUGCAGUUAUAGAAGGGUCUAUCCAGACCAACACAACUUCAUUCCUUUCCCAAGGACAGAGAUGGCCUACCCAUCUGCAUGCCCACAUGUGUGCGGGCUGAGCUUCCAAGCCGAAAGGUGGUCUGGGUUAGCGGGUGCCGUUCCCAUGGCUGGCUUCCCAGACAGUCUGUGUCACAGUAGGAAGGACAUGCUCACAGAGAGAGAACCAGACUCUAAUUGGGCAGUCUUUCCAUCCAUCAUGGCAUGGCCUUGCUUGUUAUUCAGCUCUCUACUUCCCCUUGCCAGUGUGGACCAGGAUGCCAUUGUGUGGUAUGUGUUUAUUAAAGCCCCAAGCCUGAGGAGAGAACGUACCAAAUGUGUAGCAGAUGCCCUCUAUGGGAGCUGGGGUUUCUGAGCAGGGAAGGAGCAGUUCUGGCCCCCUCAUGAGCUCUUUGUUGGAGGCCUUGGGGUAGUCAUGUGACUGCCCAGGCUCACUGAGGGACCCCAGGUUCCCCAUUGACCUGGAGGAGAGACAUGACCCUUGACCUGAUGACAUAGCUCCUGCUGCACUCAAGGAUAGUUCAGAGCACAGAGUUCACUUGGGCACUGCCAUCUCCUGCUGGGUUCUCUACCUAAGUCCUAGCAGCUGCACCACUGUGCUCUUAGCUCUGGUGCCAGCCCAAAUGGAGACACAGUUAUGCAGGCCUGAAGAGCAGCAGGGUGGCCAGGGUGCUUAGGUUGUCACUAGCACAUCGUAUCUGCACACCAUCCUCUAUUCUCUAGCAGGACCUCUAACCCCUUUAACAAAUAGGGAAAGAGAGCUCCGGGUCCCACUGCUAUGGAAUAAAUCUGGCCAUCUAACACCACAACCAUGUUUAAGCACUCCCUGGACCACAAGAUGCCUCUCAUUCCCAGAUUUGCAGUUCUGUCUGGGCAAUGGCCAAGGCCGGGGGGUGAGGGGCUGUGCUGGGGGUGGGGAGGGCAGACCCACCUGUGCCUGGUCUGGCAUCUGGACCCCUGCAUCUGUCUGUUCUGUGUAUAUGUCUCUUUGGAAUUGGAAUUUCAUCAUAUGUUAAGAAAAUAAAGAAAAUGACUUGUUGGGUC